GCUUGUCAUUGAGAGGCAAGAUGGCGUCUGCACCAGAUGCUCCAGACAGGGAGCUGGAUGAAUUAUUGGACAGUGCUCUUGAUGAUUUUGACAAGACAAAUGUGCCACCACCGGCCCCUGAAGCUCAAGCUGCCCCUAAUGCAGGAACAACAGAAGAAAAGCCACCUCUGCUGGAGGACAGUAAGUUUUUCGAGACUAUUUUUGAUGGAGAGAUGGCCAAUCAAGCACGGGAGGAGUGGGAAAAAGCAAUGAGUGAGCUAGCACAGGAAGAGCCCGAGCUUUUACAACAUUUUCAGAAGCUGUCUGAGGCUGCUGGCAAAGUGGGCUCAGAUGUAGCUUCACAGCAAGAAUUCACCUCCUGUCUUAAAGAAACCCUUAGUGGUAUGGCGAAAAAUGCAGACAACCUGCAGUCUGCAGGAUUGGCUGGAGAUGACCUAGUUAAGACCUUGGAAAACCUGGGGUUGAAUGAAAAUGGUGAAGGAGGAGAAGAUGGCAACAUUCUCCCUAUUAUGCAAUCUAUCAUGCAAAACCUUUUGUCCAAAGAUGUUCUUUAUCCUUCUCUUAAAGAGAUAACAGAGAAGUACCCUGAAUGGCUGGAGAGCAACAAACAGUCUAUCCCCCCGGACCAGUUCAUACAGUAUGAGCAACAGUACAAGAUAAUGGGAGAGAUAUGCAGCCAGUUUGAGAAAGAAGGUGAUAAAGAGAGCACCUUUGAAAACAUUCUGGAACUCAUGCAGAAGCUGCAAGACUUGGGUCAACCUCCAAAAGAGCUUGCUGGAGAAGCACCUCCCGGCCUGAACUUUGACCCAGAAUCUCUGCAUCUCCCUGGAGUACCAGGGGUCCCAGGGGCAGAGCAGUGCUCAAUCAUGUGAUCUCAGUGAGGUCAAAUUAAUACAUGUUUAAUAAUAAUACCGUUUGGAUCUAUAUUUCAGAACUGGGCCUGGACACAGGUUAUCAUGCUCCCCUUUUAAAGGAGUUAUUUGUGUCUGCCCUGAAACUGUGAACGUUCACUACAUGCCGUUUACUUUGUAGUUCUUGUCCACAGAGUUUCUUUGAAUUUUUCAUCCCUAAUCUAUUUACCUAACUAAUGCUAACUCACAGUUGAUCUCGUGUGGGCUGACAGCUUGGUAGGAGUCAUUUGAGUUUUGUAAAAGUCUUAUACUUUUACAUUCAAGCUCCUUUGACAAGUAGCUCAGUGGAUUGUGUUGUCAGUAAUUGGAGCACAAAUGUGGAUCAUUACACUGUAAAUGAAGAAUAUUUUUUUAUUAAAAUUUCAACACCGCUAACAUAAAGCUCCCAGGUCUACAAACACAGUAUUGAUUAUUUCAUUUUAACUAAAUAUAGCUGCUCACGUGUCCUUCUGUUUUCACUGUAGCACAUUUGUUAAAGUUAGGUGAUUUAAUAGUUAGUGACCAAAAUUGAUUUCCUGAAUUCAAUAUUAUCAAAUUGCUAGCUGAGGACACUUAAGAUGUUAGAGGUCCAUAAUAUAUCCCAAAAUAUAAUUUUGAUGCCUUAAUAUAAUGUUUGUGAUUUAAGUAGAAUGAUUAUCUCUUCUUACUGUAUGUCUUUUAAUAGAUAUUUUACCUUACUGCGUAUCGACAGGUAGAGCGUUGGACGUAGUUAAAUUACCAUGUAGACGUGAAUUAUUUGUCACAUUUGUCAACCUUAGUUCAUUAUGCUUUGAUUAAUAGGAUUAUUUUGUAUAAGGUGGUGUUCAAAUACAAAUGAUUACUCUGAAGUACCAUUCAAAGAUGAACAUUGCAUUAAUCCCAGCAAUCACAGAAGUUGUUUAAGAUAGAGAGGAUUUCAAAAAGAAAGAUGAAGUUGCAAAGAGAAAAAUCUAUUUGACUAUUAAGCUAUUUAAUUAUAAGGAGCAGAUGGUUACAUGACUCUUUUGAGGAAACUCUCCUGCUUGACAUGGCUAUAUGACAGUGUUGGCAUGCUGUGUGGCCCAUAUAGAGAUUGUGAUGUAGACAGAUAAAAUGGGAGUGUGACAGAACGGUUUAAUGGUUAUAACACUCAGGGGUUGCUCAGACACCCAAGCACUUAAAUCAGCUUAUCCACACUUUUCUGUUAAGUGUUCUCUUAGAUCUUACUGAAUUACAACUGUAAAAAUCUAAAUAAAUGUUAUAAAUUA